AUGGCUGAUAGAUACUCAUUUUCUUUGACAACUUUUUCUCCAAGUGGAAAAUUGGUACAAAUUGAGUAUGCAUUGAAUAUAGUGAAACAGGGAGUGACCACCAUUGGAAUUAAAUCUGCGAAUGGCGUGGUACUUGCCACUGAACGUAAAUUUAAUUCUCCUUUGCUCAAAAGUGAUUCAAAUAGAAAGGUUGAACUAAUUACUCCAGAUAUUGGAAUGUCAUAUUCAGGGAUGGGACCAGACUUCAGGGUACUUGUUGAUAAGGCACGCAAGUUGGCGCAUACAAAUUACAAGAGGAUUUAUAAUGAAUAUCCGCCAGUCAAGAUAUUAGUACAGGAGAUUGCCAAAACUAUGCAAGAAUCGACUCAGUCCGGUGGUGUAAGACCGUUUGGUGUUUCAUUAUUGGUAGGUGGAUAUGAUCAUCAUUCCGGAUCGUUUCAAUUGUAUCAAGUGGAUCCAUCGGGAAGUUAUUUUCCUUGGAAAGCUACUGCAAUUGGCAAGACCUCAAAUUCUGCUAAGACGUUUUUAGAAAAAAGAUGGAAUGAAAAUUUGGAAUUAGAGGAUGCAAUUCAUGUUGCUCUCUUAGCAUUAAAAGAAUCUGUGGAUGGCGAGCUCACUGGAGAAAAUUUGGAUAUUGCUAUUGUUAGCGAUCCUCAGGAGCAAUUACUUGGCUUCAAGGGGACUCUGGUAGAGGGUCCUAGAUACAGAAAUUUGUCUCCUGAAGAAAUCAAUGAUAGAUUAGAGGCUUUGUAG